AUGGAAAGUCACUAUUGCAGAAAACAAAGUAACAGGCUUUAUUUAGAAGGACCAUUUGAUUCAAAACAACAACUAUAUAAUUUAUAUUUAGAAGAAGCCAAAGAGUUUCAAAUUGAACCUGUAAGUAGGAGUUGCUUUUCUAAAUAUAUAAAAUCAAAAAAAUUUUCAUUAUACAAACCUAGAAAAGACCAAUGUGAUAUAUGCUGUUCUUUUAAAACACAUCAAGUGUCUGAAGAAGUGUAUAAUAAACACAUAUUGAAUAAAAACAUGGCAAGACUACAAUUAGAUAUUGAUACAGAAAAAGCAAAAAAUCUAGAAAAAAUUGUUUUUACUAUGGAUGUACAAGCCGUAAAGUUAUGUCCGGCCAUGAACGCAAGCGCUCUUUACUAUUCAAUGAAGCUAAAAGUGCAUAACUUCACACUAUACAAUGUAGGUAAUGAACAUGACUGUCACAAUUACUGGUGGAAUGAGUGCGAAGGAGAACUUGAAGCUUCUGUAUUUGUUAGUAUAAUCAUUCAUCAUCUCAAAACUUAUUGCAUUGACGAUGAUAACAAAGGUAAUAAAAAAGAUAUAAUUCUAUACUCUGAUGGCUGUGGCUACCAAAACAGAAAUUCUGUCUUGUCAAGUGCACUUUUAAACUUUGCUGUUCUCAAUAAUGUAGUUAUAGAACAAAAAUUUUUGGAAAAAGGCCACACGCAGAUGAGUUGUGAUAGUGUCCACAGUUGUAUUGAACGAAAGUUAAAAAAUACAGAAAUACAUUUGCCAUCAGACUUCAUUCUAGUUACUAAAGAAGCUAGAGUUAACCCUUCUCCAUAUAAAGCAACUCUUUUAGACCAUACAUUUUUUACAGAUUAUAAAAAAAACCAAACUUAUUCAUCUAUUAGACCAGGUAAAGGUAAAGGAGAUCCAGAAGUCAGAGACCUAAGAUGUUUAAAGUAUGAUCCUGCUACUAAAAUGAUUUAUUUUAAAACCAUAUUCAGUGAUUCCUAUGAAAUGUUACCUUUACCUAGAAAUAAAUAUUUUAAGCUAACUGAGGAUUAUGAAAAACUAUACAGUAGCCAAUUGCCAUUAACAUUAUCUAAAUGGACAGAUUUACAGAAAUUAAAACAUGUAUUACCAAUUGACACACAUUCAUUUUAUGAUACAUUACCUCAUGCAGCUUCAUAUAAGCAGAGGAAAGUUCAAGACAUUUAA